CCACAAAAGCAAUUCCACCUUAACACAGAAGAAUGAUCAUCCUUUUCCAGUUGAUGCUUUAUCUGUGGCCAACCAACAGUGCUAUAGAUGAAAGACUUUCAAAGCCCAACAUCAUCUUGUUCAUGGUUGAUGACCUUGGCAUUGGAGACUUGGGAUGCUAUGGAAAUACAAGUCUAAGAACUCCCAAUAUUGAUAAUUUAGCUAAAGGAGGCAUAAAACUAACUCAUCAUGUAGCAGCUUCCCCUUUAUGUACUCCAAGUAGAGCAGCUUUCUUGACAGGACGAUAUCCUAUCAGAUCAGGAAUGGCUAGUCUGAAUCGGCUUGGAGUCUUCUUAUUUUCAGCCUCUUCAGGGGGUCUGCCUACUGAGGAAAUAACAUUUGCAAAGCUUCUACAACAGGAAGGCUAUUCUACAGGUCUUAUAGGCAAAUGGCAUCUUGGUUUAAAUUGUAACAGCAGUCAUGAUUUCUGCCACCAUCCCUUAAAUCAUGGAUUUGAUCAUUUCUAUGGAAUUCCUGUGAAUAAUAUUAGAGACUGCAGACCUGGGGAUGGAAGUGUUUUCAUCAAAGGAAUUAAAAUGUAUAUUCCCUCAACCCUUCAAAUCACUGGAAUUGCUCUAAUAACUUUGGAAGUUAUGCAUUAUAUUGGCUUUUUCAGAAUUCCACAUAGAAUGGUAGGCUACUUCUUUGUGUUGGUUGUUACAUUGGUGGCAAUCAUAUUCCUCUUCUUUAACAACUUUCGGCAUCUAAAUUGCUUCCUGAUGAGAAAUUACAGUAUUACCCAGCAACCAUGGAUUUAUGAAAACCUAACCCAGAGAUUUACAGAAGAUGCCAAGCAUUUUAUAAGAAGGAAUAUUGAUAAACCAUUUCUCCUAUUCCUAUCAUACUCUCAAGUCCAUACAGCUCUUUAUGCAUCACUAGCUUUUAGAGGAAAGAGCAAGCAUGGCUUAUAUGGGGAUGCUGUGGAAGAAAUGGACUGGAGUGUAGGACAGAUUCUCCAAGUAUUAGAUCAAUGGAACUUAAGCGAGCAUACUCUUGUAUAUUUCACUUCAGAUCAAGGAGCACAUCUUGAAGAAAUAUCAGACAAUGGAGAAGUCCAUGGUGGUUAUAAUGGGAUAUUUAAGGGUGGAAAGGCUACAAACUGGGAAGGAGGGAUUCGAGUGCCUGGCCUCCUCUACUGGCCUGACGUUCUUGAGCCUGGAAAACAUAUUUAUGACCCAACAAGUAAUAUGGAUAUAUUCCCUACCAUAAUUAAACUUGCUGGAGCAUCACUGCCCAAUGACCGAAUUAUUGAUGGACAUGAUCUAAUGCCCUUGCUUCAAGGCAAUGCUCUCCAAUCUGAGCAUGAAUUUCUCUUUCAUUAUUGUAAUGCAUAUUUAAAUGCAGUUCGGUGGCAUCCAAGAAACAGUAACUCUAUUUGGAAGAUAUUUUACUUCACUCCAAAUUUCAGUCCCAAAGAAUCUAAUGGCUGCCACGAUUAUCAUGUGUGCUUCUGCCAUGGGCAGUUUGUCACAUAUCAUGAUCCACCACUACUUUUUGAUCUUUCCAAGGACCCAGAAGAAAACAAUCCACUGACACCAGAAACAGAGAGCCACUUCCAUGAAAUUCUUCAAGCUAUUCACCAUGCAGUGCACAACCACACCAAGUCAAUACUUCCUGUUCCCAAUCAAUUUUCACUGGGACAUAUCCUAUGGAAGCCCUGGCUUCAGCCUUGCUGUUCUUCCUUACUCCAAUGGUGUUACUGCAAUUAUGAAUCAUGAGGAAACAAAACUUCAUGUAGAGCCUGACAUUAUCACUGAGAAUUAGUAAAGAACUCAUGUUCUUUAGGAAUAAACAAGAACACAUUGUAAUAAUAUUUCCUUAAUAUUUGCAUUAAUUGUGCUUAAAAUAAUGUAAGAGUUACUAGAACUGGGUUAAAGCGGGCUCAUGUAUUCUUGAAGUCCCAGCAAAAGUGGGUGAUGGUGAGACCAUAGUUUUGCUAAUAUUCCCAGAGUAAUUUUUCUGAGUAAAAUGGAAAUCUAAUACAACCAGGCUGUCUUCUUUACUCACAACGCAUAUGGAAUAUGUUAUAGUUCUAAUGUAAUGUAAUAUUUUCUCCAGUGUAGCAUGGUGGGAUAAUAUGCUGCCUCAUUAUUUUGGUUCAUCACACAAUCAGAUAUCAAAUUCUGUCUAUUCCAGGUCCUUGGGAAGAACUCGAUAGAUAAAAAUGCCAAAGCCAGUCUGAAUAUCUGGCUGACUCUGCAAUGAACUACAAUUGAUUGCCAAAUUGUUAAAUUUAGUAAUAAUUAAACUAUCAUCAAAUUUAGGUUUGCUUAGGGCCUCACAUAUUACUGUACCCAGUGGCAUAAAUCUAGGAUCCACUAAAUACAGCAUGGUAUACUGUAUCAUUUGAAUGCUGAAUGGGGUUCAUAGAUGCAAUUUUAUUUACCCAUAUGCUGCAAACUCUUCCUGCCUUUUUAGAGCAAUAUAGUUUCUGGAUGCAUGCUACAGAGUUAAAUUACCAAUUCUUUACAUAUUAAUUCAAGACUGGGGAAAGUGUAGUCCUGGAAAUGCAGCUAGCAAAGGCAAUGAAUAGGAAUAGAGAUUGCAGUUAAGUGACAUUUGAAAAGCCAGUGGCUCUUUAUACCAAUAGAUAAUAAAGCCAUGCUACAAAAUGUGGAUAUUUUAGCCUACUCUAAAUAUAAAUAUUAGCAGGAAUGGACCUUAUGCAGGUGGAAUCACCUAGGAAUCUUCACACUGAUGUGAGUGUGAAACUCUAAGAUAUGUCAACCUUAGUAGAAUGAAGUUGCAAGAAGAGGUUCAGUUCCUACAUAGGUAAAAGAGCUGCCCACAAUGCUUUGCUUCAAAGCUCAUUUGGAUGUUCUGCUUCACAGAUUGCAUUAUCCAAAUGGACAGAUUUACCACAAAGUGUGCUACAUUAGCAUUGCUAUUCAAAGAAAAGAUCCAUUUUUCAUCACAUAUCAUCCCCUUUGCUGAUAUCAUCAGACUGACAAGAUUUAAUGAAUAUAUCUUUAAUUGUGAGUCAACCCUAAUGGAUAAUAUUAUCAUCAGUUAUUAGACAUAAUAGAAAAAUGUAACUAUUAUAGUCCAAUCCCAUCAAAUCAUACUACAUUACAAAGAUACAGAAAGUUCAGAUUCCUUCUGUGUCUUCUAGAUGCCAAAGCUAAAUUUAGCUGUUUUUCAUUUUGUUGGACAUUUAGGUGCAGUUCAAGUGAUAAAUGAUUGACUGCUUGUUCUAAGUCAUCCACACUCUUUAAGCUACCUAAAGUAUACUCUGAAAACAAUUCCCACCCCACAGUCCUGGAAGGUGGCUCUUCAUAUGCUACAAAAAGCUUUGCAUAGUACUUAAACUGAUGGAAAUUGUUUAUUCCUACUAUAUUAUUUACAAUAAAAUCUUCCUUUGCUUUAAAUGUUUUAAAUAUUUACAAGAGCUGGGGCAAGACAAUUUUCUGUCCAAAAUUAAAGACAUAAUGCUCCAUACUCAUGUAUUAAAUGCAAAAAAUUGUCCUCAUCCAAGCACAUCUGUUGUUUUCAUGGGAGGAAAAGUAUGAACAUAGGAUGACAAUUAAUGUAUUUCAUUAGAUCAGUGACUCAUAGUACUACUGCUAAUUAAUGAAUUGCUUUAUGCUGUAGCAUGAGACAUGCUAAAGUAUUAAAUAUUGUACAUUAUCCCUAAAAGUCUAAUUGUUUUCAGUCUUCUUAAUUGUUAAAUGUAAGUCAUUUAAAAAUGUGGGUCAUAUUUACAUUUUUGUGGUAUUCUUAGAAUACUUCCAUGCAAUCUUAGUAUGGUUAUUCUGAAUUUUAAAUGGAUUUAUGUAAUCCGCAAAACCAUAACUAUGUCUGUAAAUUUCAUCUGUAUCAUUGAAAAAGUGUAUUAUAAAAAGGAUUGUAAAGUAGAAAAAAAUAAGUAAAUAUGUAUAUCAACAAUUAUUAUUAUUCAAAUUGAAGUAAAUCAAUAUCAAAAUAUAAUAUAAAAAUCAAAUAUAAUCAAUAUUAUACAUUGACAUUGUUGAAUUAGCUGUGUAAACAGCAAAGCUCUGAUUGUGUGAAUGUUCCAAGGAAGAGUAUCUGCUGUAUUACCAGCCCUCUGGCACAUCCUGCCCCCAGGAUGAGGCUUGAUCCACCCUUCUAUCUUUCCUCAAGGGCCUGAAGAUUGGCUCUGCUGCUUGGCCUGGGGACCUAAUAGGGGUGUAUCUCCAGUGUGCGGCAUUUUAUCAUUAGCUGACCCCAAACACCUCUGUGCUUUCUGCUCCCCCUCUACCCAUAUUUAAAUUCAUAUUAUUAUACUUUUCUUGUUUAUUUUUUAAUUGUUUUGCUAUUGUUAUGUUUACAUUCUGUUUAAUCAUUUUCUUCUGUUUUACCAUUGUAAGCCACCGAAAGUAUCUCCAUGGUAAAUAUAUUUAACUAAACUAAUAAAUAUAUCAAUAAAUAAAUAAAUUUUAAAAAACA